GGAUCAAGUUCAUCUUUCAUAUCCAAAUAUCUUAAUGUGUUUUAAAACCCAACCAAACGGGAAGUUACAAGUAGUUGCAGAUGUAGAGCUUGGAUUCUCAACACAAUAGUGCUUCCCUUUCGCUUGAGCAUUUCUACCUAUGUAUGUAUUUAUUAAUUAACAAGCUGGUAAGAUUGCAGCAAUUGAAAUUGUUUUAAAACCCAGCCAAACGAAAAGUUACCGUUAGUUGCAGAUGCAGAGCUUGGAUUCUCAACACAAUGGCGCUUCUCUUUCACUUGAGCAUUUCUACCUAUGUAUAUAUUAAUUAACAAGCUAGUAAGAUGGGUCACAACAAAAAAGGCAAGCGGGCAAAAGGAGUCCUGGUGGUGGAGUAAGGAAGUGCAAACCAAAAUAAAGGACAAGCAAGGGAGUUUUAGGGAGCUUUUGAGGUGCUCGAAUGAGGAGGAGCGAGUUAGAUUGAGGGAGAGAUACAAAAUGGUCAACAGGGAAGCGAAGAAGGCAGUGACGGAGGCAAAGAGCAUUGCCUAUAGGCAGAUGUAUGAACGUUUGGAAACAAAGCAGGGUGAGCACAAUAUGUUCAAGAUUGCCAAAGCCACAUAGCGUAGGAGGCAAUUGAUACUAAUAGGUAUACUCAAUAUCUGUGUGUGGGUACAUAAGAUAACCCUACGAAUAAUGAGCAAUCAGAAGUUGAUCCCUAGUAUAGUAGUAUCCGCUUGAAAAAGAAAAUUAGAAAUUGAUCAAUUUAUUAAAAUAAACUAUUGGACCAAUAACAUGGGAACCAGAGUGUGUGAACCUGAAGUAGGGAUGAGCAUGAUAUUGGAUAUUGGAUGAGUACCGAAAGUAUCGGUCCCGAAAAAACCUGGGAAAAAUGGAUACGCGUACCGAAUAUAAUUAGCACGGUACGAUACCAGUAUCUAUCGGUAAAUCAACUAAAAUAUCAGUAUCGAUCUCGGAAAACAGAAAAAAUGGAUAUCAGAAUAAAAAUAUUCAAUAUGGUACGAUACCGAUACCGAUACCGAUACCGAUACCGAUACCUAUACCAUGAUCCGAAGUCACUUAAAACCGGAAACCAAGAAUUAACCGCAAAAGGCAAAAACCCAUCUGCAAUUCAUAGCGUCAAAACAUCGAACACCUGUUAUGCAUUCAUAAUUUCAUACAAAUGGCGACUUCUUCAAAUCCAUCUUCCUCUUCAGAGCCUUUGAUUCAAACCCUAACUAACAGCGGCUGGUGUUUUCAACAUAUUCAUCAAAUCAAAACCCUAAUUGAAACCAAAUUCUCUGAAGCUUCCACCACCAUUCGCUCCAUCGAAUCAGAGCUAUGUAACAUGGACUUACGAGCAAUCGGAGGUAAAUCGUUGCCUGAUUCUUCCACUCUCCGUAAAUCUACUCAUAUUCAGGGCCCCAAAGUUCUUCAGGUGUGUUCUGUUAGGGAUAUAAGUAAAAGUAGUAUAGCUGAGAGUUCAGGCGGUUCGAGCGGUAAACGGUUGUUGAGAUUGAAGCUUACUGAUGGACAUACUGAGGUGACUGCUAUUGAGUUCACUCAUAUUCCGUCGUUACCUGAUAAUGUCGUUCCGGGCACAAAGAUCCGCUUGGAAAAUAAAGUUGUAAUACACAGCGGUAUUUUAUGCUUGAAUGCAAAGGUAGUAACUGUUCUUGGAGGUAUUGUUCCAUCAUUAUAUGAAGAAUGGGAGAUGAACCAAAAAUAUGCAGGGUUUACACGCUCAACUGUAAAACCGUCACAAAGUGAUGACACUGGUGGGCCACCACCUUUCCAGAAGUUUCAGACUGGGCCCCCUUCACGUCGGAUCAAUCAACAAAGCAGAUCUUCUGAGAAUUCUAUGGCAACGGUUAAACCCUAUGGACCUACUGGUUCUUUACUGACUAGUGGGUCACGGGUUUCUGAUAAAAAAGCCGAUAGCGGGGGCGAUAAUGUAAAAUCGGGUUCUACCACUGAGAAAAAUGAAGAGAAACAACCUGCUACUGAAGCAAGACCAAAAGAAGUGGCGGAGUCUAUCCCUGUGCAAAAUCAGGCUGCUGCACAAAAACUUCUACAGAAAAUGAAUUAUUCUAACCGAAACGAAGGGCAUUCUAGAGGUUGGAAACAAAGAGGGAGGGGUAAGGAGGAGAAUGAAUCCGCUGUUUUAACGAUAGCGGAAUGGGAGAGAAAAAGAGCCAAUGGGAGCUCUUCGUUGAGACAAGAAAACGCUAACGUUAAUCAAGAUGAGGAUCUUGCACGUCAGCUUCAAAACCAAUUUGAUUUGGAAGAUUAUCACGGUCAACAGGGUCAACACGUGACAGAAGCAGAUGAUAUCAGGAUGAGCAUGUUUAGUUUUAAUAGAGAUGAUCCUGGGGCCCACGAUAGGGGAGAAUUCAGAGGAAGGGGAAGGGGAAGAGGUAGAGGUAGAAGGGGGAGGGGACGUGGCAGAGGUGGGUGAUAUUCUCCCUUGCUCACACUAUCAGGUUGUUGCUAAACCUGGACCAACUGUUGGCGGAUAUCCGGUCCUAUCAUACUUGACCAUGGUGGUGUAAACCUUUGAGAGCCAUUGUCAUCAACCUUCUUAUGCUUCUGCAUGUUCUGUAAUUCUAGUGCCCCAAAAUAUCUCUGUGAUAUCUUUUUGUGCCCCACACGUUCAAAGAGUUGCAGAUACCCGUUUUGAUUUGCACAUGGUGUAAAAUCGGUUAGUCAGGUUAAAACAAUUUUGUUUUUUCAACUCGUUGAUGUUUUAUGGUUACAAAAGCAACAUUGACAUUGUUAUCCA